AUGGCGACAUAUAGAGUUGGUUGUAAGAAGUAUUGCCAUUUCAUGAAAUCUGGAAGAGAGAUCAAGGCUCUUGGAACUCAGUUGGAGAAGACGGAUAUUGCGGCCUGGGCUAGCAAGGUAGAAGAUAAAGAUGCAUCUUCUUCUUUGAAAUCUAAAAAAUCGGGUAAAACUGCCAUUGAGAUGCAUACAGCUACUUGGGAGGAUGUUGAGAAAACACAUACAAUGCAUUCACUUUCUUCUAAAAAGUCUAUAAAGAUAAUUUGUCAAAAUCUUCGUCCUGCAACUCAAUAUUCUUCGAAAUUGGUAACCGAUGUUUACAAAGAUCAAUCAACCAACAUUGUUGAUCAAAAUCAAAAUGUCACUUCAUUUAAUUCACCAGGAAUCCAAAAUACAACCGUACAAUACUCUCCUUCCUUUACAAAUGUUAGAACUCCGUUAUCUAACAUUACAAAUGUUAGAACUCCGUUAUCUACCAUUACAAAUGUUAGAAAUCCGUUAUCUAACAUUACAAAUGAAAACAUCGGUUUCGGUAAAUAUGUCACUUCCAACUUACCAGAUAAAAGACAAUACUAUGUACUUUCAAAUGAUAUGACAUUAAAAAAUGCAUCUACAAUAACUGCUUCUUCAUCUUCAAUCAAGUUGAAUCCAGGAUGUCAUAAAUUAAAAAGGAAGACGACAUAUUUAUCCCCUGUCCCUUUGAUUGAUUUGACAGAUAAUGUAGAAAAUAUACAUCAAGUCAUAAAUGAAAACGUUAUAGUUGAAUAUUUGGAUCAUGGUGAUCAAAAUGUUGUAUGUCAAACAUGUCAUGCAAAGUUAUGGAGAAAUGAAUCCAUUAGAGGUAAAGAAAAAGGGAACACAAAUUAUUCUUUAUGUUGUGGUUACGGCAAAGUUCAAAUUCCAGAUUUAAAGAAAGCACCGCUAAGUUACGAAAGAAUGUUUCGAAAUGGGGAUUCUAAAAGCAAACACUUCAUGAAAAACAUUAGACGUUACAAUUCAAUGUUUUCUUUUACGUCGAUGGGUGGUAAAAUUGAUACUUCAAUCAAUAGAGGAAACACUCCAUACAUUUUCAGGCUGUGUGAUCAAAAUUAUCAUAGUAUUGGAAGCCUUUUACCAGCAAAAGGAUCGGAACCAAAAUUCUCUCAGUUAUACAUUUAUGAUACUGAGAACAAAAUUUUAAAUAGACAAAGAUGCAUUGGUGGGGUAAAUGAUCAAUCAAAGUCAAUUGAUAGUGAUAUUAUUGAAGAUAUAAAGGUGAUAUUAGAUUCAAAUAAUGUGUUGGUUAGAUCUUAUAGGAUGGCAAGAGAUACUUUUCAGAAAAAACCUCAAGUUGAUAUGAAACUACGACUUAUCGGGAGAAGGCAACGAGAUGGAAGAACAUAUAACCUUCCAACUGCUUCAGAGGUUGCCGCUUUAAUUGUCGGGGACAUUUGUGAUUCAACUGAAAAGAGGGAUAUUGUUGUUGAAACAAAAACUGGAUUUCUACAACGUAUCAGUGAAUUGCAUCCUUUAUACCUUCCUCUUCAAUAUCCAUUGUUAUUUCCAUAUGGAGAUGAUGGUUACAGUGUUGACAUUCUUCAUAGAGGUGUUUCAUUUACAAACAACAGCAAGCGGGCGAAAUGUACAAUGAGAGAAUAUUUCGCUUUUAGAAUCCAAGAUAGAGAUCAUUCGUUCUCCCUCAUUCUUAAUUCAAAAAGGUUGUUUCAGCAGUUUCUGGUAGAUGUCUAUAUUAUGAUGGAAACGGAGAGAUUGCAUUACAUACGUAGGCAACAACAUGUUCUCAGAUGUGAGUCUUAUGAAAAUUUAUGUAACCAAAAAGCUCAAGGAACAACGAAUAUCUCCAAUGUCGGACAACGUGUCAUAUUACCUUCAUCCUUUACUGGUGGCGCACGAUAUAUGCUGCAAAACUAUUUGGAUGCCAUGUCACUAUAUGUUUAUACCAUUGAAUUUCAAAAGAGAAGUUUGCCGCAUAGUCAUAUAUGUUUAUUUAUGCAUUCUGACAACAAGUUACCCACUGUUGAAUUUAUCGAUCCGAUAAUUUCUACCGAGAUACCAGACCAAAUUGAAGAUCCGGAAUUGUAUUCACUUGUCAAUGAGUUCAUGAUUCAUGGUCCAUGUGGAGCUGAAAAUAUCAAUUGUCCAUGCAUGGUGGAUAAAAAGUUCUCAAAAAACUUUCCAAAACAAUUUUGUGAUCAUUCGUCUGUUGAUGGAAAUGGUUUUCCGUUAUAUAGGAGAAGAAACGAUGGUCAUUUUGUAGAAAAAUCGGGUGUGAAGUUGGAUAAUAGAAAUGUUGUUCCAUACAACAAAUAUCUAUUAAAAAGAUAUCAGGCAUGUAUUAAUGUUGAAUGGUGCAAUCAAGGAUCUUCUAUAAAGUAUCUGUUCAAAUACAUAAACAAGGGUCCUGAUAGAGCUACGGUUGGUGUUGUACCAACAAACAAUGAAUGUGAAAAUAAUGAUGUGGUCGAUGAAAUAGCUGAAUAUUACGAUUGUAGAUAUUUAUCUGCAUGUGAAGUAUCAUGGCGAAUUUUUAAAUACGAUGUUCAUUGCACGUAUCCUUCUGUGGUUAGACUACCUUUUCAUCUUCCUAAUCAACAACAGAUUGUAUAUGGCGAAGACGAUGAUAUCGACGAGGUUCUGGACAAACCUUAUGUUGCUGCUUCAAAGUUCACAUCUUGGAUGGAGUGUAAUGCAAUUAAUAGUGAAGCAAGAGAUCUUACAUAUGUUGAGUUUCCAACAAAGUUUGUUUGGGUAUUAAAUUGUAGGUUUUGGAAGCGAAGGAAAACAGGAAAAGCCAUUAGUAGAAUUCAUUCCGUUUCACCUAAUCUUGGCGAAACCUAUUUUUUAAGGAUUCUUUUAAAUAAAGUUAAAGGUCUGACGUCAUUUGAUGAAAUUCGCACGGUAAAAGGUGAAACUUAUUCUUCUUUUAGAGAUGUUUGUUAUGCACUCGGGCUAUUAGAUGAUGACAAGGAAUACAUCGAUGCAAUUAAAGAAGCAAGUCAUUAUGGAUCUGGUUUUUAUCUACGCUUCUUAUUUGCCACAUUGUUGAUGUGUAAUAGUAUGUCUAAACUAGAGAUUGUUUGGGAAGAUACAUGGGAAUAUUUGGCGGAUGGAAUUCUAUAUAACCAACGACAAAGGUUCAAGUCUGCAGACUUAUCACUCAGUGAAGAUGAAGUUAAGAACUUAACUUUGUUUGAAAUAGAACAAAUUUUACUUCGAAACAACUCCACUCUCAAAAAUUUCAAAAACAUGUCAUACCCAGAUGUUGAAUCAGUUUCUUCUUCGAACAAUCGACUUAUCGUUGAGGAGCAAGAUUAUGACAUUCUCGUUCUAAAGAAUGAGUUUGAUCGUAUGUUUGUUGCAUUAACAAAUGAGCAACAUAACAUUUUCCUUAACAUCAUGACUGCUAUUAAAGAAAAUAAAGGAGGUGUUUUCUUUGUUUAUGGUUAUGGUGGUGGAACGGGUAAAACUUUUCUCUGGAAGACAAUAUCUGCAACAAUUAGAUCUCACGGUAAUAUUGUUUUAAAUGUUGUUUCAAGCGGUAUUGCUUCGUUAUUAUUACCCGGUGGUAGAACAACACACUCUAGAUUUAUACUUCCAUUUGAACUUACAGAGGAUUCUUUUUGUAAAAUAAAUCCACAUGGUGAGUUGGCUAGCUUAAUAAGAAAAACCUCUUUGAUAAUUUGGGAUGAAGCACCGAUGAUCCAUAAGCAUGCUUUUGAAGCUUUAGAUCGAACUUUGAAAGAUGUAUUAAGGAGUGGAAAUUCUACCAUCUCAAAUAUUUCUUUUGGAGGCAAAGUUAUUGUCUUUGGAGGAGAUUUCAGACAGAUUCUACCAGUUGUUCCUGGUGGUAGCAGACAAAACAUUGUUAAUGCGUCUUUGAGUUCUUCAUAUUUAUGGCAACAUUGCAAAGUGUAUAGAUUAACAAAAAACAUGAGGCUAACUGUUGGAAGGGAUCAAGCUGAUGUAGAAAAAAUAAGAGAUUUUGCAAAUUGGUUAUUGGAUAUAGGAGAAGGCAAACUCGGUGGUUCAAACAACAGCAAAACGAUUAUCGAUAUUCCGAAUGAUAUUCUCAUUAAUGAUCCAGAUGAUCCUAUAGGUUCACUAAUUGAGUUUGUAUAUCCUUCAAUUUUGGAGCAGUAUAACAAUACAAAUUAUUUCCAAGAAAGAGCUAUACUUGCCCCGAAGAAUGAAGUUGUUCAAGAAAUAAACGAUCGUUUGCUUAACAAGUUUCAAGAGAUGAGGUUGAAUAUUUAA